AUGGGUGAGCUUGUAGACGGGGGCGACUUGAGGUGCGGCAGCACCAGCACCGCGGCUGCCACCCCUCCCACCGUUCUUGCUGCAGCACCAGCAGCAGCAGCAGCAGCAGCAGCAGCGCACUCAUCACCAACAUCAUCACCAGCGACAGCAGCAGCAGCAGCAGCAGCAGCAGCAGCAACAGAUGCUCCAGAGGAUGCGUGGCACUUCGUGGUGCCGUCGGCACACAGCAGCUUCAUCUUCUCCCUCUGCCCGCGGGGCCCCUCUCCUCUCUCUAUUCAGCAGCAGCAGCAGCAGCAGCAUCAGCAGCAGCAGCUCCUGCAGCAGCACCUGCAGCAGCAGGAACAGAAGCAACAGAAGCUGCAGCAACAACACAGUCAGCAGCAGCAACAGCAGCAGCAGCAGCAGCAGCAGCAAAGAAAGGAGCAGAGAUCUGCUGCUGCAUCGAUAGCCUGA